GGCAGCAACAGGCUGUGUAGCCCGUCAAAUCAGUAUUCUGUUUGAUCUGAGCAGUUAAUUCACGUCCAAACUGCACUUGCGCUUUUUGUUGUUUGACGCAUCAGCAUAGAGGGAAGGCGUGAUCGGACUCUCGGGGAUGAACAUGAAGAGUUUGUAUUCAGUGUGUAAAUAGACCCGCCUCCGUACGAAAAUAACCGCGGCGAACUGAACAGGAAACGUGUGCGCUUCACCUUCUGCUGCUCACCGAUGCAUGAAUUGACAACAGGUUCCCCAAAUCCACAUCUACACCGCAAUUCGCCGUCCACGUCCCUGCCGCUUCGUGUGAACUCAGAGGAGCAGUUAGGAAAAAAAUUAUACAGAUGACCUCCUUUUACGACGAAAAAGAUUUGGUGGAAGAGCUCAGUCGAGUCAGCUGCCCCGAUGAGGAUUUGCAGUUUGAGUACCUGUUUGAAUAUGAGCCGCCGUGCAGUGACUUUGCAGGGGGGCACCAAGAUGACUCCAACCUUGGACCCCCAAAAGUCUUCAGUCCUGAAUCUGAGCAGGCUUUCCCCUUGGAGGAGACCCUACCCUAUGGUAUCAAGUCCUGCAGCCCCGCCUACAGCGAGCACACCGAAGUUCUCACAGGAUACGAGAACCAGGAAGCCAGAAACUACCUGGACAGUACCCGACCUGCAGCCUUGAGCCCUCGCAUUGAAAUCACCCCCUCACGUGAGCACUACAGUCAUGGUCGGGACUCUCUGCAGAACCACCAUCUAAACAUUAGCCCCAGACCUACCCUUACUGUCCCGGGCCAUGAAAACCUUGCCUACCGUGAGCCCCAGUGCCUGAGUCCUGCCAGCAGCAAUUCCUCCACCAGCUGGCACUCGACCGAGAACUAUUCUCCCUGGGCGUCACCUUGCGUCUCCCCAAGCAGUGGGCAGAACCCUGGAGACCUCUGCCCUCGAUUGCAGAACAUCCACACUGGCUCCCCUCGUACCUCCCCAGGCACCUCUCCUCGCACCAGCCAAGGUGACGACGGCCUCGGACCCCGUUCUCCCUCACCAAGACCAGGCUCUCGCUCCACCUCCCCACAGGGAAAACGCACCUACGACAUGUACAGAAACCCAGGAUUAAUCCCUGGGCACCGGUCCCGCAGUCCUUCCCCCAAUAACGGCCAUGAAGAUCACAACAUAGGCGCCCACUAUACACACACCAGCCUUACUGAUGCCAUGAAUGGUUUUGGCACCAAUCAUCCAAACCUGGUUCCCACUAAAAUAGUCAAGACAUCCAACCAGGUUUACACUCUGUAUCCAGAGAAUCAUGGAGAUGGGAACUACAUGGUGUCCUGUGAUCAGGACAUAAAGACCAAACCUGCUGCAGAGCCUUUCUUUGUUAUUCCUUCAAUCUGGCCCAAGCCUUUGGUUUCCAGCCUCUGCAGCAUCCCCGUGGCUUCUCUCCCACCGUUGGAAUGGCCGAUUCCUAGUCGCACCGACCAGUAUGAACUGCACAUUGAUGUGCAGCCUAAACCACAUCACAGAGCUCACUAUGAAACAGAAGGAAGCAGGGGUGCAGUCAAAGCCCCCACGGGAGGACAUCCUGUUGUGCAGUUACAUGGCUAUAGAGGCAAGGAGCCACUUGGCCUGCAGAUUUUUAUCGGUACAGCUGACGAGCGCAUCCUCAAGCCUCAUGCCUUUUACCAAGUCCACCGCAUCACUGGCAAAACAGUUACGACCACCAGCUUCGAAAAGAUUAUCAACGGCACCAAAGUCCUUGAGAUCCCGCUGGAACCAAAGAACAACAUGAAAGCAAUCAUCGACUGUGCUGGGAUCCUGAAGCUCAGGAACGCCGACAUCGAGCUGAGGAAGGGCGAGACGGACGUCGGUCGGAAAAACACCAGAGUUCGACUUGUGUUUCGCGUGCACAUACCUCAGCCCGGAGGACAGCACGUCUCUCUCCAGGUGGCCUCACAUCCCAUUGAGUGCUCUCAGCGUUCGGCUCACGAGCUUCCCAUGGUUGAGAAGCAGGACAUGGACAGCUGCUCUGUUCUGGGUGGCCAGCAGAUGAUCCUGACUGGGCAGAACUUCAGCUCCGAUUCCAAGGUCAUUUUUAUGGAGAAAACACAGGAUGGGCAGCAAAUCUGGGAAAUGGAAGCAACGGUGGAUAAAGACAAAAGCCAACCUAGUAUGCUGUUUGUGGAGGUGCCGCCCUACCGGGAUGCAUCUGUCUGCCAUCCUGUCAAAGUAAACUUCUACGUCAUCAACGGCAAAAGAAAGCGCAGCCAGCCUCAGCAUUUCACCUACACACCACUGGCAUGUAAGAAUGCUGCUCAGCCUCUUUUUGCUCCAUCUAUUAAGACAGAGCCUAUAGAUGAGUAUGAAGCAGAGCGCAUGGGCUUUGCCAUGCCUCAAAUCUUGGGCUUAUCCCCUCAUUCCUACUACCAUAACCCACGUGGCAUUCUCCACCCAGACAAUGGCCUGGUCUCUGGCAUGGCUCCCUGCCAGCGCCUCAGCUCCAGCCUUCCAAACCAGGAUGCACGUUUCCAGCAGCAGAGCCCGGCCAUCGUGUACUCACGUGGAGGCAAGAGUCUGAGUGGCAGCCCUGCUAUGUGGCAGACCGGAGGGAUGAUGCCCGACCCCCACAGGUCGGUCCUGGUCCACACAGGCUCCCCGGCUCAGUCUGUGGGGCCAAUCAAUGCAGGUCAACACCCCUCUAUCAUCCAGUUCUCUCCCACCAACCACCACCUGAUCCGUGCGGGUGAACCUCAACCCCUUACUGCGCCUCAACCUGACAACCAGCAGAUCAUAUACUGCGAUAGCUAUUCCCCACAGGCAGCUGCCACCCACUCACCCACACCCCCCCAGGUAGCAGUAACCCACCCGCAGCACUACCCCACCGUGAUUCAGCAGCAGAAAGGCAGAACUCCAGCUGGGACGGGGCAGAUGGACACUUCGGGAGAUGGACAGAGACGAGUGACGGUCAAGGAAGAGAAUUUGGACCAGGCCUACCUAGAUGAUGGUGAGUUGAAUGAAAUCAUAAGAAAGGAUCUGACGGGUGUUCAGGCCAGAGGUCAGACAUAGAGGAGGGACUCCAGCAGGAAAUGACAGCAUACCCUUACCCCCCCACCCCCCGACAAACAAACAGACAGACAUUAACGGGCAGUCCAUCGAGGUGACGCAUUUCCACUACCAAUCAGACCUUCUCUUCCUUAUUUUCGCUACCCAUGGUGAUAGAAAUAUGGCUGCUGUGUUUGUUUUGGAUGUUUUCCUGCCAUAAACAUUUGGCAAACAGAAGAUUUCAUUUGACCCGUAACGUCUGCCACCAACACCCGACAGGUUUCCAACAAAUAACACCACUGAGGAAAAGCAGAAAAUUGUGCCUUACGUUGUUCAUGAUGUUUUUCAGGUGGAAACACUGUUUAUAACCAAAGAGAAAAAACAUAAAAAUGUUGAAGUCCACAAACAGCAUAGCCAUAAUGUCCAGACAAUAAAGCCACACCGGUUUGCCUUAUCAUAAAUGACGACAUUAACAGGUUAAUGUCGCAAUGUAAAGUCAUCCCACGUACAACGUUCUUUGUCUUUUGGUCAUUUUUUCCAUCCUUUGUGCACAAAGUGCGUGUUUUGUCUUUUUGUAUGUAUUUUUUUUACAUGUAAAGAUUGACCAAAGCUUACGUGUUGAUCAUCUCAUUUUAAGUGCAGUUUUCUUGUGAAGCGCACACUGCUGCCUUAAGCAUAUACAAAUGAACUGUUGUGACAUCUCCUAAUAUGCACUGUUUUUCAGAAUGGGAUUUCAAUGUUUAUUAUUAUUUUUAUAUAUUAUUUGUGAAUAAUGCACCGUUUCCUAUUCAUAUAGUAUAUAUUCAAUUAUAUCCAGGUGCCAAGAUAGCUUUAUGGGGACGUGUGCUUCAUUUUUAAAUGAUUUCCAUGCACAACAGCUGAGGUUUUAUUUCCCAGUAUUGCAGCUAACAGUCUAACUGAAGUCUCACUCAUGCAAACUGAAGUGAGAUCAUUUGAUUUAAUUUGAUAUUUUGUUCAUUUUUUUAAUAUCAUAAUAACAACUCGGCGACAAAAUGUCCAAAGUUUAAACUGUGUAUUGUUUUGUGAAUAGCUGCAUUUUGAAUUUAACCAUAAUGGCCAUCAUUAUGCUUGGAGCUAAUUGCCUGUCUAUUCAGAACUAUUCUGCUUGCAGAUGCAAAGAGCAUAGAAAUUAUUUUCUGUAACUGCCAGAAAAUGUAAGCACAAAAUAGUUAUACAGUCAGGAUUACCGAUGUGCUGAUAUAUCUAGCCUUAAAUAGAAAAGCACAAGUUUAAGUGUAAUUCCGAGUGAACAGUAGUACAUUAAAUACCAAGUGCCAGUUGUGUAACUCUAAAGCAGUAAAAAUACAUUAAAGUAAAAUGUAGGCCUGAGUCACAAGAGUUAGCACUUGAUGUGGACCUAUUUGAUAGAAAAUAACUAUAUUUUCCUAUAUUCGUAAAGCUAAUAUUGAUCAUUUAAGGAUAUUUCUCAUUGAGCCAGUGCAGUACAAGUGCAUCUGACAUUUCUUGAAUGUAAUUUGUAUGAAACACCUUUUUCCCCUUUUGUGUAAAUAGUAAAUAAAGCGUUACGAGAAGUAAUUUGUUGUCAUAUAUCAUUUUCUCCUUUUUCUGUAGAAUACACGUAUGUUGUCUUUGUUUUAUUGCCAUGUAUCUUUAAUCCGAAGGGAUUUUCAUUAACCUUACCUAUAGUAGUUUAUAUUUUUGUCUGUCUUAUUAUUUUACGUCCUAUGAUAUUAGAAAUGUUAUUAAUACUGUCUUAUUCGAUUUUCUAUGAUGGGAAUUGUCAUCAAUCUGUUUGAGCCUUCGUGCCUCUAAAAAAAUAAAAUCAAAUAAUUAAAAAAAACCUAUUGAUGCCAUUUUUGUAUUCCUGAAUGAAGCAAUAAAUAAUCCCCCCACACA